AUGCGUGGUUUUGCUGUUCUCGCUCUUCUGCCCUUGGCACUGGGUGCUCCCGUCAUCAUUCCACGCGCCGGUCAACUCAUUCCAGGCAAAUGGAUCGUCAAAAUGAAGGACGACGUCGCGGGGGAGAUCUUGCAGGAGGCUCUCAACUUCCUCUCUGUCGAACCUGACCACAUCUAUGGCAUCGGGAGCUACCAGGGGUUCUCCUCGACCAUCGACGACGCGAUUGUGGACUUGCUCUCCAAACUCCCCGGCGUCGAAUACAUUGAGCAGGACACCAUCAUCACGACCAACACCGACAUCACCCAGCCCGGCGCUCCCUGGGGUCUGGGACGCAUUUCUCACAAAAAUCCCGGCAGCACCGAGUAUGUCUACGACGACGGCGCCGGCGAGGGGACCUGUUCCUACGUGAUCGAUACCGGCAUUUACACGGGCCACUCAGAGUUUGAGGGUCGUGCCACCUUCCUUGCCAACUACGCUGGGGAUUUGAUGAACACAGACGGGAACGGGCACGGCACCCAUGUCGCGGGGACCAUCGGGGGAAAGACGUACGGUGUCGCAAAGAAGACGAAGCUCUUCGCCGUCAAGGUCCUGAACGCGGGCGGCUCCGGGUCCAACUCGGGCGUCAUCGCCGGCAUCAACUUCGUCGCCAAGGACGCCAAAACCCGCAGCUGCCCGAACGGAGCGGUCGGGAACAUGUCGCUCGGCGGCUCCAAGAACCAGGCCACCAACGAUGCCGUCAAGGCCGCCAUCGACGCGGGCGUCUUCAUGGCCGUGGCCGCCGGCAAUGAUGGCAAAGACGCUAACAACUACUCGCCCGCAUCCGAGACCACAGCGUGCACGGUCGGUGCGACGGACAGCGACGACGCCAUUGCCUCGUUCUCCAAUUUCGGGAGCGUCGUGGAUAUUUUCGCUCCCGGGGUCGACAUCUUGAGCAGCUGGAUCGGUGGCACCACCGCGACGAACUCCAUCUCCGGCACCAGCAUGGCCACUCCUCACAUCGCGGGAUUGGGCGCGUACCUCUUGAAGAAGGAUGGCAAAGUCUCCCCGGCUGAGCUCUGCGCUCGCAUCAAAGAGUUGGCGAUAAAGGACGCCAUCUCGGGCGUCCCGAGUGAUACCGUCAACUACAUAGCCUUCAACGGCAACCCCUCUGGUUAACUUGUGUUGGCUUCAAUAUAAUGGGGGUGGUGGAUUCAUUUGAACCACAUUUCUUAGUCGAUUUGAAAUUCCGCUGCAGCUGAGGAUCUGGGGGAAUUGAUUCGUUUGAUUCCUGAUUAUGAAUAGACCGGACCAAUAAGAAUUUG